GUGUAACAGUAACACAUGUAUUAGGACGUGCAUCUGUCUCAUUGGUUCGUGCUGCAGCCACUUCCCGUGUUAAAGGCGUGAGCAACUUAAAGACAGACCGUGAGACGGAGAAUACGCUCAGUUCAGUUUUUCAGUUGGUCAAGAUGUCUGCAGACGCUGUCGCUGCGCCACGUUUGAGCCUGAAUGUGAGAUAUAACAGAAACGUCCAAGAGACCAGCGGAGAGGAAGAGGAGAGUCAGGUGGAGAUCUUAGAGGAGGAAGAGCAUCACGCUGAUCUCGGGCCACAAAGAGCCGGACCACACACUCAAAACAAGCCUGCAGCCAACAACAGAAGGCGUCUCAAAGCUGCUGCAGUGACUCUGGGAGGGUUUUAUCUUCUGAUAUUGGCUGCACUCUUCAUUCGCUACACUUUGCUGCAGACCAGAUACGACCAACUGAGCAACAACUACACUCAGUUACAGGAGGAAGUAAAUCAGCUGAAGGACAGAACUAAAGUCACUUUGCUGCAGACCAGAUACGACCAACUGAGCAACAACUACACUCAGUUAAAGGAUGAAGUAAAGCAGCUGAAGGACAGAAUUAAAGUUCUUAAAGUCUGUCCUGAUGGAUGGACGAGAUCUGGAUGCAGGUGUUACUUUAAAUCUAAAGAGAAGAAGAAUUGGGAUGACAGCUUAGCUGACUGUAAGAAGAUAGGAGCAGAUCGGUUGUCAUUGACAACGACGAGGAACAGACAGUGGAGAUGGGGCAGAAGCGGCAGGACUUUGGAGACCGGAGGAGAUGGAAGAAGCUCAGGGACAGAGUUCUUCGGGCGGGAAGGCACCGAGCUCUGCCGAUCGGUCACGCCAGACUUAGCCGGCGUUGAGCUGCAAGGUUUGUGGCGAGUCCUUCAAGAGGAUCAGUCACCUGACCACGCACGCUUCGACACACCUGAGAGACUGCGGCCUGUGUGGGAAGCGCCUGGAGCACACGGCGAGCCUGAAGCUCCACCUGCGCGUCCACCCGGACACGGUGUUCUGCUGCGGCGUCUGGACGGGCAAAGCAUGGAAAGUGGAG